AUGGGCGAGCACAAUCUCUUGAAUCCCGGGUUUGUGGGGCCGCUGGUGAACAUCCACACGGGAGACACCUUCUACUUCCCCAACUUCCGCGCGUCCGGGGCGCAGCUGCCCGCGCUGCCGUCGCUGUCGUACCCGCGCCGCGACAACGUGUGCUCGCUGCCCUGGCCGUCGGCGGAGCCGUGCAAUGGGUACCCGCAGCCCUACCUCGGCGGCCCCGUGUCGCUCAGCCCGCCCUUCGGCCGCACGUGCGAGCUGGCGCGCGUGGAGGACAGCAAGGGCUACUACCGCGAGCCGUGCGCCGAGGGCGGCGCGGGCCUGAAGCGCGAGGAGCGCGCGCGCGAGCCGGGCCCGGGGGUCGGCCCGGGGGUCGGCCCGGGGGCCGCGCUGCUGCCGCUCGAGCCGUCGGGGCCGCCCGCGCUCGGCUUCAAGUACGACUACGCGGCGGCCGCGGGCGGCGGCGGCGGCGGCGGCGGCGGCGAGGGGGGCGCGGGACCCCCGCACGACCCGCCCUCGUGCCAGUCCCUGGAAUCCGACUCCAGUUCGUCCCUGCUCAACGAGGGCAACAAGGGCGCCGGUGCGGGCGACCCCGGCAGCUUGGUGUCGCCUCUGAACCCCGGCGGCGGGCUCCCGGGCAGCGGCGCGCCCUGGUACCCGAUCCACAGCCGGUCCCGGAAGAAGCGCAAGCCCUAUUCGAAGUUGCAGCUGGCGGAGCUGGAGGGAGAGUUUCUGGUGAACGAGUUCAUCACGCGGCAGCGCCGGAGGGAACUCUCAGACCGCUUGAAUCUUAGUGACCAGCAGGUCAAGAUCUGGUUUCAGAACCGGAGAAUGAAAAAGAAAAGACUUCUGUUGAGGGAGCAAGCCCUCUCCUUCUUUUAG